AUGGCGUCGGCGCCGCACUCAUCAUCAUCGUCCAUCACGGCGACCGAGGCCGAUGUCGAGGCCCAGAAACCCGUGAACAAGGCCAACUACUUUCACCUCCUCUUCGACCAGGCCGGCGUGACAGAGGCCGUCCUCCAACGGAAAUACCCCGGACAAGGCACCCACGAGGCUCCCUUUGUCGUUGACUUCCUCCCCGAGGAUGCCCACAACCCCCAGACCUUCCCCAAGUGGAAGAAGUGGACUUACACCAUCGAGCAGGCCAUCGCCACCCUGGCCGUCGCCUUUGUGAGCACGGCCUUCUCUGGAGGUAUCGCAGAGGUUAUUCGCGACUUCAAGGUGUCGACCGAAAUUGGUAUCCUGGGCGUCUCCCUCUUCGUUGUUGGCUUCGCCGUCGGUCCUCUCAUGUGGGCACCCCUUUCUGAGCUGUACGGACGUCAGUAUCUCUUCAUCGCCACCUACAUCGCCCUCACUGCCUUCAACGCCGGUGCCGCCGGUGCGCAAAACAUUGAGACGCUCAUCAUCCUACGCUUCUUCGCCGGCACCUUUGGUGCUUCGCCUAUGACCAACGCCGGCGGUGUUAUUGCCGACAUGUUCAACGCCCAAGAGCGCGGCCUGGCCACGGCCAUCUUUGCUGCCGCUCCUUUCCUCGGCCCGUCUAUUGGCCCCAUUGUUGGUGGUUUCCUCGGCGUCGCGGAAGGCUGGCGCUGGAUCGAGGGCCUCAUGGCCAUCUUCACCGGUGUCGUCCUCAUCGUCGUCGCCCUGACCGUCCCCGAGACGUACGCGCCCGUCCUCCUCCGCCGCCGCGCCGAUAAGCUCGCCAAGAUCACGGGCAAGAACUACAUUUCAAAGUACGAGGCCCACGCGCCCCGCAAGACCGCCGUCGAGCAGUUCAAGGUCGCCCUCUCCCGCCCCUGGAUCCUCCUCUUCAGGGAGCCCAUCGUCCUCUUGACCUCCAUCUACAUGGCCAUCGUCUACGGCACCCUCUACAUGCUCUUCGCCGCCUUCCCCAUCGUCUUCCAGCGCGGCCGCGGCUGGUCCCCUGGCGUCGGCGGCCUGGCCUUCCUCGGUGUCGCCGUCGGCAUGGUCUUUGCCGUCGUCUAUACCGGCUUCGACAGCCGCCGCUAUCUCAAGGUCUCUGCCGCCCACGGCGGCUUCGCCCCGCCCGAGGCCCGUCUCCCGCCAUCCAUGGUCGGAGCCUGCCUCCUUCCCAUCGGCCUCUUCUGGUUCGCCUGGACCAACGGCCCCGAGAUCCACUGGGUCGUCUCCAUCAUCGCCUCGGGCUUCUUCGCCGCGGGUCUCGUCCUCGUCUUCCUCAGCUUGCUCAACUACCUCGUCGACUCGUACGUCAUCUUCGCCGCCUCCGUCCUGGCCGCCAACUCGGUCAUGCGGUCCCUCUUCGGCGCCGCCUUCCCCCUCUUCACCACGCAAAUGUACGAGAACCUCGGCAUCCACUGGGCCUCGUCCAUCCCGGCCUUCCUCGCCCUCGCCUGUCUGCCGGUCCCCUUCCUCUUUUACAAGUUCGGUCCCGCCAUCCGCGCAAAGUGCGCCUUCGCCGCCGAGGCCGCUGAAGUGCUGGAGCGCAUGCGCAAGACGCACGAGGAGGUCAACGAGGAUGACGCCAUGGCCGAGGAGCGGGCGCACGAGAAGGAGCACAAGCGCAGCAAGUCCGUCUCUGCCAGCGACGGCGGUGUUUUGUCCGAUGACGAGCGGACCGUCCAGGGUGAGCCUGAGACUCCCAAGGCUUAA